UUCAGUUCCCCAACUCAGUACCUGAAUGGAAACUCUACUAAGGAGCAGUUAUUAGAAGCAAUCAAAAACCGCGACAAUGCGGAACGAGAAAUCAAAGCUCUCAAAAUGCAGCUCACCAUGGCAGAGGAGACUCGCGACAAUGUUCGAAGAGACCUUAUGGAUGCACACAAAAAAGUGCGAGAAAGCGAUGAAGCAACAGAAAUACAAAGAAAAGAAAACCUAGCACUCAGACGUCAGAUAAAAGACGAGCAAAUUGAGAAAGGCGCUAUGCAAAAAACUUGCGACGAACUCAAGGAAAAGGUCAAAAUCGCUGAGGUAGAGAGAACUGAGACAAAGCGCAAACUCGAGGAACUUGAAAACAGAUUCCGAGUUUGUGAUGACAGCCGAGCGAACAUCACCGGUGAGGCGAACGAUCUUCGCAUAAGACUGAACGAGUUCGAGGCAGAGCGAGCGGAGAUUCGGCGUGAACUUCAAGAGGCACUCCGUCAGGUGAAAAUAUUGAGCAGCGAGUGUUUGCUUGGAAAGCGCGAAGUAUCGGAUCUUCAAGAGAGGUUAGCGCAUGAACAGGCAUUACGCGAGGAAGUUCGUCACGAAGCGUACACUCUGAAGCAGGGGAUAUUACAUUCUGAAAGUGAAAAGGAGGAAGUAAAACAGAACAACUUCAAAUUGCAAAGAAGGUAAGCCUUUUCUAAAUGACCUGAACAGAAGCUAUUCAAACUGAUGGGAAAGUAAUUAACGCCAAAUUCCUUUUUCAUGGAAGUUGUUGUGCGUUUCCUUCCUAAGACUGCGCGAAGCAAGAGAAGGCCUUGCGCGCCUCCUUUAAAUAGACCUCAGUAGCCAUGGUAACUGGUUCAUCAGUUGGCUAUUGUGCUAUUACAAAGAUGCUAAUGCGUCAAACUUUAAAGCAUACCUGGUUAAGUUUUGGUAUGCUGAUAAUGAAUGAUUUAGUACCUUCACUUUUGCAUACAUGAGUUACUUAUCCCUCUAAAACUAGCAUUAACAUUAUGUCGCCAGUGUGAAAGCGCGGUAGUCUAAUACUGAUGAGCUGCGUGCAAAUGUCAGUACUUUAAACAUUGCGCGCUGCUGAAUGGAGACAAUAAACAACCCUGUAGCUUAAGCGCUUGCGGGAAAGAUAGGCGCAUGUUUUCUUGUUCUUUCUUUCCAGCAUCUAUCGCGCAUUUUAAAGCAUACAAUGGCCAAAAACAGGCCUAUACGGAGGAGAGAUAAUAAGAAUGGUGUCUCUUUUUCUUUGGUCAUGCCUAUAUGUCUCUAAACCUAAUCAAAAAAGGUUCUGCGUUCGUGUGUUAGGCGUUAAGACAAGUGUUGUCAAUGUUACCCUUGCUAAUUAACGAGGGUUUUUGUGCUUAACGCGGGUCAAGCAAGGAAAGGCAGUACCUUUUAUCCUCGGUUGCAUUGUCCGUUUACUUACCGUAUGUAUUCGAUUAACCGCCCUGGGCGCUUAUUAAAGUUUUGGACCUUGAGAGUAGGCGCUUAUUCGAGGCUGGGCGCUUAUUAAAUUUUCACCAUUUUCAACAAGUGUAGUAUGCAACAAGAACAGUAAAUGGUAAUAACAAAACGCGAAGAUGUAACAAAGCAACCUUUCUGCAAAACACUAAAAAAAACUCCGUCUUCGGGGAAGUCUCUUAUUAGUACUUAUUCCUUUUUGAGGGGGUAGUAGGGGGAAGGGGGUGGGCGUUAAUUUAAGUUUGAGUGGGAGUGGGAGGGAGGUGGGUGGGGUGGGGUGGGCGCUUAUUCGAGGCUGGGCGCUUAUUAACUUUUUCUGCCUUUAGUAUGGGCGCUUAUUCGAGGUGGGCGCUAAUUCGAGGUUGGGCGCUUAUUCGAAUAAAUACGGUAUUUUGCAAAUGUAAAUGAUCCUCACUAUGUUCACGUUGAUUUCUGUUCCCAAAGGUUAAAAGAAGCUGAAGAUACCUUUGCAAGCAGGGAAAAGGACUAUCAAGCGCAACUGGACGAGUACAAAGAAUUUGAACAAAAAGCGAAAGACAAGAUAAGAGAUAUGGAAAACAGGCUAGAGCAAACGACGUUCGAUCGAGAAAACUACAAGGCUCAGCUGUCUGGAAAUGACGGCAGGAUAAGUGCUUUGGAAUCUCAACUCGCACGAGUGGAAGCCAUGAAGAAUGAUACUGAAUUCAAGCUGUCGAGCCUCUACUCAAUACUACGGAGAUCACUCGGCCUGCGAUCGGGUUCCCAAUCUUCGUUUUCAGAAGAAGACAGUCCGAAGAAGAACCGAAGGUCUUUCCGAGGACGUUCUAGAUCAAAUUCAGGUAUGUUUUGUAGUCUUUUCAUCUAUGAAAUUUUAAAUGUUGUAUCCCACAAUGAUCACUUGACCUUUUGUCGCAAAGAGCGUAUUGAUUAAAAUAACAAAAGAAAUAACAACAACAAAUCGGGCAUUGAAUGGGCGCCAUUUUGUCGUUCAUGAGUUUCUGAACGCCAUUCUUUUUUUGCCUUUUACGCAGACGACUCUUCCGACGACAUAGACCCUGACGCUGUGAAAACCUCGUUAUCUGAGCUUUUGCAGAACCUGAAAGAAUCCGAAAGAAAGAAAGAGGAGAGCCAAGCGAAAGUGGAGAAUCUACAGAGUACACUGCGACAUGCUGAAGAAGAGAGAGUGGAGCUGGACGGUAAACUCCGUACCGUACAUCAGGAAAUGAAUCAACUAAGAGAUCAGAAAAGAUUGUUGGAAGAGAGAUUAAACAGCUCGGAGACGGCUUUGACUUUACAGGUAUGGAAUUAAACUUUAUUGUAGGUCAGGCUGCUUUUUCAGUGAGCUAAAUGUUUUUGUUGUGAUAACAGUAGUGACUUGUUAAUAAAGGUACUUUAUUUGCGCCCAAAACUGCAAAGCUGACGGAGAGGACUGUUUCAUUUUCAUGUGGCUGAUUAACGCGUGUAUGAUAGAUUUUAAGUUUGUUGAGUGAAAUCUAUGAAGUUUAUCUGAGUAUAGACCUUAAUUUUCCUCAAGAAAAAAGGGUUAGACCCCUUGCAUUUCUGACUGCUCAUUAGUAACAUGGCCUGUAAAAGUUUUAUACUACAUUUUCUCUGCCACUUUUUAAAGUAAAAUGUAGAACCAACAUUUUAGUAAGCACAUAUUUUUGGCCAUUUCUACAGGAAGAGGCAAUUCAAAGGGUAGAAAGAGAAAGAAAUGGUUUGGCUGAAAAGUUACAAAUGUUAGAGGGAACCUUGAGUCUAUCAGAAAGUGAAAGAAAGCAGCAAAAAGAUAAGAUCAGGGAGCUUCAGGAGACAGAGAGACGGCUGAAAGAAGAUAAGCACGCUUUGCGGACCCAACUAGAGGCAACAUCCGGGGACAUGACGAAGAAUGAAUUGAGGCUAAAGGCAAUUGAUGGUGAAUUACAAAGGCAGAAGCUUGUUCAAAGUGAGGCGGAAGCGGAAAAUAACACGCUGAAAGAAAGGUUGAGUGGACUUUUGAGGACGAAUCAAGAGCUGGAGAACAAUAAUUCCAGUUUGAAACUUGCUAUACAGAAACUAAACAGCGCCGUUGCGAAAGGCGAAGAAGAGGAAGCACGAUUGAAGGAAAAGAUCCAGGCACUCUCAGUUUCUCUCAGCGAGAGCAACAGCAGCUCACAAAAUCUGCAAGAUCAUAUUCAUCAGCUUCAGCGAACACUAGAAAGCACUGAGGGAGAUAAGCGUCUGCAACAAGAACGGGUCGCAGCUCUUCGAGAGACAAUGAAAGAUUGCAAGAAUGAAAACCGCGCUUUAGCAGAAAAAGUAGAAUUUUUGGAAAGGACUCGUGAAGAUGCCGAGCUAAAGAUAAAUGACUUUGAAAAUCAGGUAAAGCAUGUGAAGGUUCUUUUAAAUCAGCGGCAAGAGCGUGAGGAUGAACUUCUGGGAAAACUGGAAGAGCUGGAAGAAGAAGCAAACUCUCUGAGAAGCCAAAACUCUUCCUUGUCUAAGGUGAACUCCUCUUUCGAGGCAGAGAAAAGAGAUUGGGAGAAGAACAAUUUACGGAUUGGCAAGGACGUUCAGGCGCUUAAAAAGACCCUGGAUAAACUUCAAAGGGAGCGAUUAGAAUUCGAGGAGUCCUUCUUUGAGUCAAAUCAAGAAAAGGAGGCUUUGAACAGAACUCUUGGAGAAGCGGCAAAGGAAAAUAUCGAAUUGAAAGAAAAGGUGGAUUCACUAGAAAGAGCGCUCCAGGAAACAGCAGUUAAGCAUACUGAGAGGUACUAAGUUGUUUGAAAUUAUUAGCUCCAUCUCACUGUUUACUAAACGCCUUUAGUUUUUCACCCAUUCACUCUCUUACUAAUACUUGCGCGCUCAAUCCCUUUGCCUCAGUUGUUCAGUUACAUUUCGGUACUAAGUUGCACAGCUAGUUAGUUGCUUAGGGUUCGUUCGAUUGACCGUAUUCUGGAAUAUAAAUAAGCAAAAGUUUUGCUACCGAUUUUUGGACCUCUUAAUUACUGCAUUCAUUGGAAAAUGAUUUCAAGCAUGUUUAUAGGUAUUGCAAUGCAAUGACUGCCGAAACAAAUUAUUUCUAGAGUUAAUUCCUUUUAUUCUUAUCAGAAUUCCGGAAUAGCUAGGUCAGUCGAACAGGCCCGUAGUUAGGUAGGUACAAUGAAACCUCCAUGUUCAUCCCAGCCCCUAUCGUAAUCGUCCGCGACCAAUUUUUUGGAUAGAUAUUUUUUUGGAAUUUAAUAGCUUUUAUUAAUUUUUUCACUCUUACAUAGCGAAUGCAAUUAAAAAACACUGCAAAAUUAAAAAAAUAAUUACAAAACAUUACAAAACAAUAUCCAAACCAAUUUCGUUGUACGCUAUUUAGAUUACAACCACAAAAAAAUACAAAUUAACACAGAAACAUUUACAAUGCUAUCAACAAGAGAAAAGGAGAGAAAAAACCAACAAUGGUCGAGACAUUAGUGUUACAUUCAUAAAUUAUAAACUGACAUAAAGUGAGAAGCAUAUGCGGAACAACCCUUCUACGAGCUUACAAAUGGCAAAAAUUUCUUCCAUUUUUUAAAUUGGAUAGAUGAGAGCCUUGGAAUUUUCCAUUGUUUUUAUCCUGCCUUAUAUGACCACUUAAGGCAGGGUAUGAUCUCUAUGCUAGUUGUAUUUACUAUACUACAACAAUGCGAUGCAUUUAGAGUGACAACACAUAUGGCAACUUUGCACGCAGUAAAUCCUCUUCUAAAUCAGGGGCACCCAACGAGAACAACCACUUAACCACUUAAACACAGCAUUGUUAAACGUAUUUUAGUAUUUAAAAGGUAGAUGUAGGCAUAUUUUUAUCCCCUAAAAAUUUUUCAUCUGUUCGGAUUUCCUAGCUGAAAGUCUAGUGAUCCGAAAAUUAUAGGGAUCAACGCUUACCUUUUCGAAAAUUUCAGCCAGAAAAAAGGCUCCCGAAAAUUCUAGGUGACAUUUUUAGGGUAAAAUCCGUUAAAACUGGGCAAUUAUACCAUUUUUAAGAUGUUCGAAAAUCCUAGGAGAGGCAGGCAAGUUCUAGAUCUCAAAUCGUCUUCCGAACAGAUAUUUUCCGAAUAUUGACGUUGGGUGCCCCUGCUAAAUCGUAUAGAUAUGCUCGGUCCUCUUCUAGGAAGAGACCCUUGAGGAGCGACCAUCUUCCGUAGAAGUGACCACUAAAUCUUCGUGAAUUUUGAAUUGUCGCUUAUGGGAGGUUUGACUGUAUUUAACUGGUCUGUCGGUCGGUCGAUCAGUUAGUCAUUCGAUUCAGUCAUUUAUUCGUUUCGUAGGUCGAAUAGACGGUUAGCUAGACUGUCACCGCAGUUAGUCGGUCGAUUUGUCAGUUGAUCUGUCAAUUGGCUGGUCGAUCGGCUGAUCGGUCGUUCAUCCAUCUACCGUUCAGAAACAAUGGGACAAUUGAUGAACGCCGUUCAUCAGUUGUCCCAUUCGUUUCUGAAUCACCUUUCUUUUUCAUCACCAGCCGAUUAGUGGUGCUCAGUAUCUGGCAUUGAGCAAGAUGUUAAUACAGUGGAACCUCGAUAUAACGAACCCCUAUACAACAAAUUAAAGUCCUCGGUCACGAAUGAUAUUCUUCGCCCCGGAAAUAGUACAAUAUGAAAAAGAACCUCUCCAUAACGAUUUAGGUUUCUGGGACACUGCCCACCGACCCCUCCCCUAACCCAACAUUUUUUCCUAAGUGAGAGGUAAGUGACAAUGUUGACUUAGGGGAGGGGUAGGUGGGCAGUUUCCCAGAAACAUAAAUUGAUCCACUUUAUGGCGAACAAAUUUUGUCAGUCCCUUAGGCCUUCGUUGCAUCGAGGUUCCACUGUAUCCUUUUCCUGCCAAAUCAUGUUUCUGCGAAAUUCUAUACAAUGCUUUCUCUUGAAGUUUGAUUUAAUCCAAUAUUCACAAAUGCUCACAUGCAAUUAUUUUCCCUAUUUUCCAUAGUUUGCUUGAGAUUACUGAAAAACAGCAACAGGAAAUUGAAAAAGAGGCAAAGAGAUCUCACGUGGCAUUGGAAAAAGCACAAAAAUUGACAGAAAAACGAGAGAAAGCCUACAAAGCAAAACUGGAAUCCUUAGAAAAACAGGUAAUGUUUUGAAUAACUGCCGUGCCUCCACCCCUUUCUGGGAGUACGUUCCAUUUUGAAUGAGUGGUUUUUCAUCCUAGCAUACGAGCAAUAUGCACUCACCCGACCGUGCAAGGGACAAAGUGGGGUGGUUUCCAUGCACCCAGCCAUAACACUAUUAUAUCCUCUUUUUACACACCUAAAGGGUUAAAGGUUAAAGUAUUGCUUCAUUCAUUAGCAACCCUUCAGAGGUCAGAAUUUGGUGAAAAUGCUUUUCAGCGAUACAAAAUGAUGGAAUGUUGGUGCUGUUGGACUGGUCUAUAUAUAGGAUUCUAGAUUUUGCCAAAACUAUGACAACCAAAAAUUAUACUAUACCGGCGAUCGAUUUAAACAUACCAUGAUUAUUACUGGCUCACAAAGGAGCUCUCUCUGUGUAUGUUCAGUUUCCUUAUGUGGUGAUCAUUUUUUUGUAUGUUUAUUUUCUAGCUUUCAGUCCUCAAGAGAGAGCUGCAAUUUGAACGAGAGGAGAAGGUAGCACAUGCCAACAAGGCUGCAGUGAAGAACGAUGAAAUAAGAGAAGUUCGGCAAUCACUUGGGAAAUCACUUCAAGCGGUCGAAGAGGAUGCCAACAAUCUCCGAAGUAUGCUCGGAAAAUCACUUCGGAAAAUCGACCGAUACACCGAAGCUAUCCGACGAAAUGAAGUUCCGCCUCCAUCAACUGACACAGACGGAUCGACAGUUAGCGCGUUUUCUCGUCAAGCAUUCGAUAAAUCAGCGGAAGAGGCAAAAUAUCUUCGCUCAUUGAAGCGACGUACGCGGUCCACUUCGCAUAUGAACUUGAAAGAUCGUGACAAAACUUUUGGAAUGUCACCUUCGGCCCACGAACCGUCGGCUGAUUUUAUCGUUAAUAACUCGAGAGGAGAUCGGGAAGAUUCCACAUCAGAAAUUACAGCUCAAAUCCAAUCCCCUCUCAGAAGAUACAGAAGGUCGCGGAAAUCUGAAAAUUAA